AUCAUUCACCUCUGAAGACCCAAACAGGAAGUGGAUUUUUUUUGGUACCAAAUCAGUGAUGCAUGAUGGCAAGCAAAAGAAAGAGAGAAGAUGAUUUUGAAUACGCGCCAUCGUCAGCUAAGAUGAGCAAAAAUGAAGACAGUUCCAGUGUCUCAAGGUCUGGUCGAGCUAGGAAAAAACCAGCCCGGUUUUUGGACCAAGAUGAGGGAGACGAAGAUUCCCCAGAGACUCAAGAGGUGGAAACAAAACCGGUGCCUGUGGAGAUUCAGGUCCUGAAGUCCAGCCCCAACCUCCUAACAGCCACACCUCAGAUAAUCUCCUCUACACCUCAACUCAUCAUGGCUGCUCCCCAGAUCAUCAGUGCAGACUCUCAGCUCAUCAGUAAUCCUACACAAUUGAUCAGUGUGGCUCCUCAGUCAGUCAACACAGCUCCUCAGUUGAUCAGCUCCAUUCCUCAGCUGAUCAGCUCUGCUCCUCAGUUGAUUACUUCCAUUUCUCAAUUGAUCAAUACUUCUCCACAAUUAAUUGCCUCCUCGCCGCAGGUAAUUUCUGGCACCCCUCAGAUGAUAGUGUCUCCAGAGUCAAUCAUCCAACCAAAAAUAGAACCGUCAGACACCCCGAAGCAAUCCAGGGUCAGGAAGAAAUCUGCCAAAGUGAUAGAAAUGGAGGAAUUUGAAAAGGCAGAAAAGGUCAAAUCCACUAAAAAGACGCCGAAAGUUGGCAGUCCAGAAUUCAGCACACUUACGGCAUCUACAGCUGCUGGAGGGAUACAGCCUCAGAUCCUACAGGCUGCCAACAUACAGUUGAAUCUCAUGAAUGCUUUGAAUACAUCAACAUCCACUGAUGUUCAGUCCUCGCUCCUCGCACACUUGAGAAAAAACCCUCAGCUGGUAAGAGUUGUUGAUGACCAGAAACUCGGAUCCAUCAAGACAGAACCAAUGCUGGUUUCCGGCCCAUUUGUUAGCCCUGGUGAGGCUGUGAUGGGGGACCAGAUUGGCAGUGUGAAAGAUGAACCAAUAGACACAGUAGAUCCCAAUAUCCUAUUGCCUCAGUCUGCCCCUGGCUCAGCCCUACUCACACAUCUGACUAAAAUGGCUCAACAGGAAAGCAAUGUAUCACCAACUAAAUCCCCACCAAAGAAGAAAACACCCAAAGCCAAAACUGUGAAAGAAGAACCUGUGACAAGCAUGGCUGGGGAUUCACAGAGUAAAAGUGUCAUCAAAAUGUUGCUGAACAAACCUGCCCAGUUUUCUGAGCCUGUGAUAUCAACACAGACCCUCUCCCAGAUUAAUUCACCAGUGUCAGACAAGAACGUCAAGAAACCAGUCAGGUUAAAAUUGUCCACUGAGAGUACCCCAGUGUCUCAGAUAGGGCCGGCAGGGGAUGCUUCAUAUGGUCAUGCAGCACCCGCUGCCAUUACUGGUUCUAUUGACACAGGCAGACCAUCCACCUCAAGUGUAGGGAUGGAUAUAAAGAAGAAGAUAAAGAAAACCAAGAGGAAACAGUCAGUGUCAAUUCUUGACGAAGAUGAUGAUGAUGACGAAGAGUAUGAUGAAGAAGAAGAUGAUGAUGACGAUGAUCUGAUGGAGGAUGAUUUGGAUGAUAAUGAUGAUGAGAUGGACUGGGAGUUUGAAACCCAGGAUGGAAACCUCAUUAUUGCUGAUGAAACUCCCAAGAAAAGUACCAAAAAGACCCCGCCAAGCAAAAAGAAAGGAAAGAAAGAUGAGAAUCAGUCAAAUUCAGGAGCAGGGAAAGAAAAGAAGGGUCCAAAGGAGAAAAAGAGGAAAAGGUUAACAGCAUACACAAUGUGGUGCAACAGCGUACGCUACAAAGUGCUGAAUGAAAACCCAGGAAUCGACUUUGCACAGCUGAGUAGAAGACUAGGGGAGAUAUGGCAGAGUGUUCCAGCCAAAGAUAAAAUGAAAAGGAAAAGGAGAGAUCUGACGCUGGCUGACAAAUAUGAAGCAGUAAAGCUGUUAGAGCAGAAGUUAUCCCAAGCAGAGGUCGCUAAGCGAAUGGGAUGUUCACAACCUCAGAUUUGCACAUUAUCCAAGAACCGUGAAUCCAUCAAAGCUGACUACAAAGCGAGCGAAAAUCCCCAGAGAAAACGACAGCGUUUUGGGAAGGCCCCCUCGGUCGAAGGAGCUCUUAAAGAAUGGUUUACUAUGGCUCGCAGCAAGGACAUUCCAUUAUCAAGCACCGUCCUUCAGGAAAAAGCGACAUCACUUGCCACAACCAUGCAAAUAGAAGACUUCAACCCCACCGCUGGAUGGCUGUAUAGAUGGAAACAACGGAACAACGUGGGACAUAAGAAGUUGCAUGAAGAGAAGAAGGAUGCCGACUCCCAAGCUGCUGAACACUGGACAACCAGAGUUUUACCCGAGUUACUACAGAAAUACACCGAAGAUGACGUCUACAACGCAGACGAGGCGGGGAUCUACUACAGAGCCCUUCCAGAUGGGACUUUGAACUUCAAGAGUGAAAAGACAAAGGACAGAGUGACAGCAUUAGUGUGUGUUAACAUGACAGGUACAGACAAGAGAAAACUGUUAGUGAUUGGGAAAAGCCGUGAUCCAAGGUCUUUCCGUGGGAAGAAGAGUCUACCAGUUACCUACAAGAGCUCAAAGAAUGCCUGGAUGACGGGUGACAUUUUCCGCGAGUGGCUACAGGAAUUCAACAGGGACAUGGUGCGUCAAAGAAGGAAAGUGCUGCUGUUAGUGGACAAAUGCUCGGCCCAUCCCACGGAAGCUGCUGUAGGACUUAGCAACGUAAGAAUGGAAUUCCUGCCCGAAAACAUGAUGCCAAUGAUCCAGCCCUGCGGCAUGGGAAUCAUUAGAAACCUGAAAGUUUUAUACCGAACAGGAGUUGUAAGGAAACUGGUGGAAGACAUCGACAGUGUAUCGACAGCCACAGACCUUGCCAGGAAACUGACCAUGCUGGAUGCCAUUCAUCUCCUAUCUAAGGCUUGGAAGAAUGUGAAAAUGAUUACCAUUGUGAAUUGCUAUAGAAAGACUGGAUUUCUUCCGGAAGAAGUUGAAACUGAGGAAGAGAUUGUUGUUCCUGACGGCAUGACGAGAGAAGAGUUCUAUAAGUACAUCGACCACGACAAGGACUUGGAGUGCCAUAGGGUUCCUUCCGAUGAAGAAUUUAUAAAGGAUGAGUCCAGUGAUAUAGAAGAGAGUAACGAGGAAGAGACUGAGACCGGGAGUGGGGACCUCGACGAUGAAACUCCCACAAGUAUAAAUGGUGCCAAAAAGUGCAUGGAGUACAUUCGGAGGUUCUUGGAGGAAAAUGGCUGUGACAAUUUCAAUGACUACUAUGGACUUCUGGAGAAAUGUGAAAUCAUUGCCCUCAAGAACAAAAAGGCAGUCCAAGACAGAGUUCAUGAAUUGGAUUCCGUGAAAAUUGAACCCUUGACCGAGUGAAAGUCAGAUGUGAUCAUGUGUUGUGUUUAUGCGGUGAUCUAGUGUUCAUGUGCCCAUAGGUGAUUGUCAAUAAUGUAAUGAUUUAUUUUUGUUUAUAUUUUGUAGUUCUUAUGUUUUUAUUUUGUAGUGUUCAUAGUUUUAGUGCUGAAUAAUAAAUUAAUUUAAAAAAUAA